CUUUUGUACUCCUUCUCACACGCCUAUUCUUUUACGUUUUCAAAACAGAACUGUGCGGACGCGUGCCGCGCAAGAAUAUUGAUCGAGCUUUUGUAAUUUGGCGUAAAAAACACAAGGAACCGAUGGAACGCAAACGCGAACGGAAGCGGCUGUACCGCGGCUUGGACAAACAUGAGCGCAAUCUGUCCUCCUCGUCCUCGUCCUCGUCGCCGACGUCGGUAGCUAGGCAGGUCUCGUCGAAAGCCAGCGACGAUCCCCGCCCGACGACCAGUGCAGUGGCGGAACCCAAGCGCGAACGGAAGCGGCUGAACCGCGGCUUCGACAAACAUGAGCGCAAUCUGUCCUCCUCGUCCUCGUCCUCGUCGCCGACGUCGGUAGCUAGGCAGGUCUCGUCGAAAGCCAACGACGAUCCCCGCCCGACGACCAGUGCAGUGGCGGAACCCAAGCGCGAACGGAAGCGGCUGUACCGCGGCUUGGACAAUCAUGAGCUCAAUCUGUCCUCCUCGUCCUCGUCGCCGACGUCGGUAGCUAGGCAGGACAGUGCCACAACCAUAUCAAGUUCAUCACAGUCCAGUGGGAAAACCCAAAUGGUCGUCCCGUCGGAAGCCGGCGACGAUCCCCGCCCGACGUCCAGUGCCUUGGCGGCAGAUGCACGGAAUUGGGUGUAUUUUCCUAGUUAUUAUGACUCUGAUGAUUUUAUAAGCUCUGAUAUGAGCCUUAACGCAGUAAACGGUACUCGGCUGCCUAACAUACAGCCAAUACCCAGGCGUCGAGAGACGCUAAUAUUAAAUAAGAAAGCCAUGGAUAUAUAUCUGGCAGGGACCACAGGCGGGUAAUAAUAAUAAUAAUAUAGACCCACUAAUAGUUAUGUAAUUAGAUUUCAACAUCUAAAUAAAAACAUAUCCAGAUUCUAGAACUUUCAAA